GUGGAGAGAAAUCUCUUUCCCUCCUCCCUUCAACCCACCGAGUCCCCUUGGGGCGCAUGCGCAAUAGCAGCCUCCCAUCUUUCUCCCAGGCAGAGCCAGAGACUCACAGCAGCAGUAGCAGCAGCUGAUGAUGAAGACGAGAGAGGGGGGGACUGGGGGACCUUUUAUUUAUAUUGUUAAAGGGACAGAGCACUAAUUCCAUCUUGAAUUGGUGUGUGUGGAGGGGGAGGGGGUUGGUGUGAGGAGCCUGAGUUUCUCCCCCCAGCCCAGCCCUGCUAGAGGAUCCCAGGGAGACACAGGGAGAGAAGGAGAGUUUCUUCCCCCCCUUGGCCGUCAGAGGAGAGAGAAAGAGACCAAAAGCCUCUUAGCAACACAGCCCCUUCUCUCUCUGCUAAUGCUGCUUGGCCCUGGCUGGAGACACCUCACCAACACACACACACGAGCAGCAGCCAGUUCACUAGCUCCCCCACCCCCUGCUCUCCCCUCCUCCCCCUUUAUUACCCUUUGUGUGUGUCUCUUUCUCCACUGCUCCAGGGAAGGGAAUAAAAGUGGGGUGCAGCCAAGGUCAUACUGGAAAAUGUUGGUUUUUGGAUAUAUAAAUGUUGAAGAACAUAGUGUUUACAGACAAAAUCCUUAAAAUCUGGGUUUUUAGACAUCAAAGGUUUUAUCUGUUGCUCUGUUGCCUGUGCUGUUUUGAAAACUACUCACUUUCAGCAUGAAGGACUCCCAGCUAUCUGAUGUCAGAUCCAGAGAAGCUGGUCAUCAGUACAGAUGCCAAACCCCAUGUAGGAGGAACACAUCUGGACUCCUGUGUGACUUGAGAUGAGGGUAUGGCCCAAGAAGAUGACAUGGAAUGUAACCUAUCUAAUGCAAAAAUUCAUCCAGUUCACUCCUCUAUCUCCAGCAGAUAAUUCUUUAGAACCAUGGAAGAAGAGGUAUCAUCUCAGUAAAAAAGACAAGGAAAUAUAGAGGCCUCUUGGAGCAUUAUAACACUAAUUCUCUGCAAGGGUUCAGUGAACUUCCCAAGGUUGGUGGAUUUUUCCACCAGUCUACCUAACCUUAGAUGUAACUUGGGAUGCAAAGAGUUCCACAGAUGAGGGGUAUAAUAAGAAAAGGACCUAGCCCCAGUGACCUUGGUCCAUAGCCAAACUACAGACAGGAGAGUCUCUGAAGCAAAGUUGAAUGUGCACCCAGAAAUUUAAGAAACCAAAAGGUCCCUAAGGUAACUAGAAGCAAGGCCAUGAAGAGCAUUAUAACUUAGAAUGAACAGGAUGAACAUACCCACCUUAUGUCUAAUCCUUAGCAAGGAAAAAGGUUGUUUUAUUGGAAUUGUGAAGUCAUGAAAGAAUCACAGGAAGAUACCCGCAGCACCUUGGAUAAUGAGUGGAAGAUAAAGAGAAAGCAAAAAGAAUGUGGCAUAUAAAGGGUGUAAUACCUGGAGAGUCAUAAGCAGAAACAGAAAAAUGAAUGGCGGAAAGGAGUGUGACGGAGGGGACAAAGAUGGAGGUCCGCCAGCAGUACAAGUUCCAGUUGGCUGGCAACGUCGAGUGGAUCAAAAUGGAGUGCUCUAUAUCAGUCCCAGUGGGUCUUUAUUAUCCUGCUUGGAGCAAGUUAAGACAUACCUGCUGACUGAUGGAACCUGCAAAUGUGGCUUGGAAUGUCCUCUCAUUCUUCCCAAGGUAUUUAAUUUUGAUCCUGGAGCUGCUGUGAAACAGAGAACUGCUGAAGAUGUUAAAGCAGAUGAAGAUGUCACUAAGCUAUGCAUCCAUAAACGGAAAAUUAUUGCUGUGGCUACACUUCAUAAAAGCAUGGAAGCUCCGCAUCCUUCACUGGUUCUUACUAGUCCUGGGGGUGGAACAAGUGCAACUCCAGUAGUACCUUCUCGAGCAGCAACUCCAAGAUCAAUGAGGAAUAAAUCACAUGAAGGAAUUACAUAUUCUGUGAUCCCAGAAUGUAAAACGCCUUUCAAGUUAAUGAUAGGGGCAUCUAAUGCCAUGGGUAGGCUUUAUGUACAAGAAGUGACUGGAAGCCAGCAACAAGAUCUCCAUUCUAUCUAUCCUAGGCAGAGAUUGGGCAGUAAUGAUCAUGGACAGAAGUCUCCAUAUCGUGGCAGUCAUGGUGGAAUGCCUAGUCCAGCUUCAUCAGGAUCACAGAUAUAUGGAGAUGGCUCAAUCUCUCCUAGGACUGAUCCACUUGGAAGCCCUGAUGUUUUCACAAGGAACAAUUCCAAUUUUCAUGGAGCACCCAACUCUAGUCCUGUUCACAUGAACAGGACUCCUUUAUCUCCACCUUCAGUAAUGCUACAUGGUUCUCCAGUUCAGUCAUCCUGUGCAAUGGCUGGAAGGACUAAUAUACCUCUUUCCCCAACCUUGACCACAAAAAGCCCAGUAAUGAAAAAAUCCAUGUGUAAUUUUUCAGCUAGUAUGGAACUACCACGAGCAAUGUUUCACCAUAAACCACCCCAAGGCCCACCUCCACCUCCUCCACCUUCUUGUGCUCUUCAGAAAAAGCCAUUAACAUCAGAGAAGGAUCCACUUGGCAUUCUUGACCCUAUUCCUAGCAAGCCAGUUAAUCAGAAUCCUGUUAUCAUUAACCCUACUAAUUUCCAUUCUAAUGUCCAUUCUCAGGUACCUGUAAUGAAUGUAAGCAUGCCUCCUGCUGUUGUCCCUUUGCCAAGCAAUCUCCCUUUGCCAACUGUAAAACCUGGUCACAUGAACCAUGGAAGUCAUGUACAAAGAGUUCAGCAUUCAGCUUCAACCUCCCUCUCUCCUUCACCAGUGACAUCCCCAGUUCAUAUGAUGGCAUCUGGGAUUGGAAGGAUUGAGGCAUCUCCCCAAAGAUCACGUUCAUCUUCCACAUCAUCAGAUCAUGGAAAUUUCAUGCUGCCUCCAGUAGGACCACAGUCAUCUUGUAGUGGUAUUAAAGUUCCUCCCAGGUCACCAAGAUCAACAAUAGGAUCUCCAAGACCAUCUAUGCCAUCAAGCCCUUCCACCAAGCCUGAUGGACUUCAUCAGUACAAGGACAUCCCUAACCCAAUAAUUGCUGGAAUGAGUAAUGUACUAAAUCCUCCAAGCAAUGCAGUUUUUCCUACUGCAUCUGCUGGAAGUGGUCCCCUGAAGAGUCAGCCUGGUUUGCUGGGAAUGCCUUUAAAUCAGAUCUUGAAUCAGCACAAUGCUGCCUCUUUUCCAGCAAGUAGUUUACUCUCAGCAGCAGCCAAAGCACAGCUAGCAAAUCAAAAUAAACUUGCUGGUAACAACAAUAGCAGCAGUAGCAAUUCUGGAGCUGUUGCCAGUGGUGGCAACAAUGAAGGACAUAGCACUUUAAACACCAUGUUUCCUCCUGCUGCCAACAUGCUUCUACCAACAAGUGAAGGCCAAAGUGGUCGAGCAGCACUACGAGAUAAACUGAUGUCUCAGCAAAAAGACCCUUUGAGGAAAAGGAAACAACCAACUACCACAGUAUUGAGUUUGCUUAGACAGUCUCAUUUGGAUAAUUCUGGAGUUCCUAAACCUGGAUCUGAUUUGAUAAGAAAGCAAAAUCAAGGUUCAUUUCCCAUCAGUUCUAUGUCUCAGUUACUUCAGUCCAUGAGUUGUCAAAGCUCUCAUAUGAGCAGCAAUAGUACCACUGGUUGUGGGAGCUCAAAUACUGUUUUGCCUUGUUCUGCUAACCAGAUGCAUUUUACAGACACCAAUAUGAACUCUGGCACUCUUCAGAAUUCAUUGACACAGAGCUUACCUUUAAGAGGGGAAGGUAUGCACUGCCAGAAUGCAAACACUAACUUUGUCCAUGGUACUAGCCCCGGCCCAAACAACCACCUUGCAGGCUUAAUAAAUCAGAUGCAGGCUAGUGGGAACUGUGGGGCGCUCAAUCAGUCAGGAAUGGCUUUAGGAAAUUCAUUACAUCUGAACCCACCUCAGUCAAGAAUCCACGCAUCCUCCACUCCACUGAUACCAAACAGCAUUGUUAGCAGCUGUAAUCUAACAAGUCCUCAAGCAGGGGGUUCAGGACCAUCAUCUUCCAUAGCCAUAGCUGGAACCAGCCAACCUGCCAUCACAAAGACAACAUCUGUUCUUCAGGAUGGUGUUAUAGUCACUACUGCAGCUGGAAACCCACUUCCGAGCCAGCUGCCCAUUGGGAGUGAUUUCCCUUUUGUUGGCCACGAACACACACUUCACUUUCCACAGAACUGCUCUUCAAACAACAAUCUUCCGCAUUCUUUGAAUCCAAACCUUCUCAAUUCUCUACCUAUCUCUUUGCCAGUGAAUCAACAACAUCUCUUAAACCAGAAUCUAUUAAAUAUACUACAGCCUUCAGCAGGAGAAGGCAAGUCUGAGGUCAUACUCAACCCUUUAGGUUUGCUCAACCCAAGUGUAAAUGCUGCACUAGCUUUUCUCUCCAGUGACAUGGAUGGGCAGGUAUUACAACCUGCUCAUUUUCAGCUUCUAGCAGCCCUACUUCAGAAUCAAGCCCAAGCAGCUGCCAUGCUUCCCCUACCAUCUUUCAAUUUGACCAUCUCAGAUUUGUUACAACAGCAAAAUAACCCUUUACCCUCAGUAACACAGAUGACAGCCCCACCAGACCAUUUGCCAAGCAAUCAGUCAGACAGCAACAGAGCAGAGACCCUCUUAACCAACCCCCUGGGGAACCCUAUACCAAGCUUUACAGGCACUGACACUACUUCUAACCCCUUGCUCCUCCCAGCUGUCACUGGGGCCUCAGGAUUAAUGGCCUUAAAUCCCCAACUGUUGGGAGGUGUCCUGAACUCCGCAUCGGGCAACACUGCUAAUCAUCCAGAGAUAUCCAUAGCAACCUCCUCCCAGGCAACCACUACCACAACCACUACAUCAUCAGCAGUGACAGCACUGUCUGUCUCAACACUUGGUGGGACAGCAGUGGUGUCAAUGGCAGAAACAUUGCUGAACAUAUCUAAUAAUGCUGGGAAUACAUCUGGUCCAGCUAAACUCAACAAUAACUCUGUGGUGCCACAGCUACUUAACCCUCUACUGGGGACAGGUCUGCUUGGUGACAUGUCGUCAAUAAACACUACUUUGAAUAACCAUCAACUGACUCAUCUCCAGUCACUGUUAAACAACAAUCAGAUGUUUCCUUCAAAUCAGCAGCAACAUCAGCUUCUCCAGGGGUACCAGAAUCUCCAGGGGUUUCAAGGGCAACCCACAAUUCCUGGAUCAGCUAACAACUCAAACCCCAUGGCUUGUCUGUUUCAAAAUUUUCAGGUGAGAAUGCAGGAAGAUGCUGCUCUUUUAAACAAAAGAAUGAUCACUCACAUGGGUAUAACAUCAGUUCCUGAGAGUUCCAGCGCUACCCUUCCUCCUUUUCAAGAUACAUCUUGUGAUUUGCAGCAAAGAACUGAACCAACUGUAGGACAACAGGCAAAGGAUGGCCUCAGUGUAGCUGCUCAGGGUGAUUCUUCAGUCGAUGCUAUUUACAAAGCAGUCAUAGAUGCUGCAAGCAAAGGAAUGCAAGUAGUAAUCACCACUGCAGUUAGCAGUACAACACAAAUGAGUCCCAUUCCAGCUCUGAGUGCCAUGAGUGCCUUCACAGCCUCAAUUGGUGACCCAUUAAAUCUUUCUAGUGCUGUCAGUGCAGUAAUCCAUGGAAGAAACAUUGGUGUUUCUGAUCACGACGGUAGGAUAAGAAACACUAGGGGGACACGAAUACUGAAGAAUUCAGAACACAGUAAAAAUUCAAGUGAAGGGGAUGGAUUUGAAUAUUACAAGUCAGCAGGUUGCAACACACCCAGAAAACAGUGGGAAGAGGAGCAAAACCCUGGAGGAGAGAUAAAUAGGUGGAAGUGUGAGGAGUUUUUAGACCAUUCAACCCAUGUCCACAGCAGCCCUUGCCAUGAAAGGCCCAAUAACAUCUCCACACUGCCAUUGUUACAGGGUGAGCAGCAUCAGAUACUGUUACCACAGAGAAACUGUCAAAGUGAUAAAAUGUUGGAGGAGAAUUUCAGGUAUAACAGUUACAAAAGAACUAUGAUGAGUUUUAAAGAGAGACUGGAGAACACUGUGGAAACAUGUGCACACAUAAAUGGAAAUAGGCUUCAACAAAGUAGAGGGUUUGGAGAGUUGCUGAACACUUCUAAACAAGACCUAGUCAUGGAGGAGCAAUCUCCAAGUUCCUCAAAUAGUUUGGAAAGUUCUCUAGUUAAAGACUAUAUCCAUUAUAAUGGAGACUUUAAUGCCAAAAGCAUUAAUGGGUGUGUGCCUAGCCCUUCAGAUGCUAAAAGCAUCAGCAGUGAAGAUGACCUAAGGAAUACAGAUUCCCCUUCUUCAAAUGAGUUGAUACAUUACAGGCCGAGGACGUUUAAUGUUGGCGACUUGGUCUGGGGCCAAAUAAAAGGACUGACUUCAUGGCCUGGAAAAUUAGUAAGAGAAGAAGAAGUUCACAAUUCAUGUCAGCAAAACACUGAGGAGGGGAAGGUGGAGCCCGAGAAGUUGAAGACACUAACAGAAGGUCUGGAAGCCUACAACCGAGCCAGGAAGAGGAACAGAAAAAGCGGAAAGCUAAAUAACCAUUUAGAAGCUGCUAUACAUGAGGCCAUGAGUGAGCUGGACAAAAUGUCUGGGAAUGUACACCAAAUCCCACAGGGAGACAGACAGGUGAAGCCUCCAAAACCGAAGAGGAGGAAGAUCUCUAGAUAACAUUGAAUGUCUUUGUUACUGGUUCAGUACUUAUCAAAUUGAACAUGCACAUAAAUCAGUAUAUAGGUAUUGAUAUAGAUAUUAUAUCAAUAUUUAUAUCAAGGACAGAUAGAUACCAUCAAAGGGUGCUAUGCGAAAUAGUGGUACAAUAUUUUUGUUGAUCGUGUCGGAUAGUUAAUGCUGAAUAAACCAAUCAGAUUCCUUGAAAGAUUACAGUAAAAAUGUCAGAUGAUUACUGAAUUUUUUCUAUAAUACUAAAAUUGUGAUUAUAAAAAUAGUCCAAAUGUUUCUGAUAAAUUUUCAUUGUGUAUAUAGAUAAUACAGAAUUUCAUGGUGAUAUCUGAACUGUAAAUAUUGUACAAUAUUGUCAUGUACAAGCGUACCUAAUGCACACUUUAUCUUUUAUUGUACAAAAAAAUAGUGUACAAAAUUCUUUGGUUUCUAUUGAGUACACAUACAAGAGACUACCAGUGUAAAGUGAUAAAUAAAAAUACAGCCUAAAUGCUUUUA